AGCUCUCGGGGAAGAAAAUUUAGGCUAAUAUUUGGGUUUGGGAACAGUGAUACUUCUAUGAAUCGAAUUUUCUUAGGCGUGUUUUUUAUAUUUAAUUUAGAGAACUUCAUCGCUAAUAAUCAAAUUAAAUAUAUUUCUGAUUUUGCAUGUCCUCUGUAGGAAAAUUUAAGAUGAAUGAAGGAGACUGGAUUUGUUCCGAUACACAGUGUAGCAAUGUGAAUUUUGCACGUAGAACUACAUGCAAUCGAUGUGGCAAAGAAAAAACUGCAAUACCACAAAGGAAGAAACUUGGGCACGAAAUUGGAAAAGCAGCAGCUGAGAAAAGCAGAGGCUUGUUUAGUGCUGAUGACUGGCAGUGCGGAAGGUGUGGUAAUGUAAACUGGGCCAGGAGACAACAAUGCAACAUGUGCAAUGCUCCAAAAUUUGGUGAAGUGGAAGAAAGAACAGGACUUGGUGGUGGCUACAAUGAAAGAGAAAAUGUUGAAUAUAUUGAAAGAGUAGAAUCUGACGGAGAGUAUGAUGAGUUUGGAAGAAAGAAGAAAAAAUAUCGAGGUAAUGAUGAAAAGCCUGCAAAAAAAGUAGAAAAGGAAGAAAAAUUAAAAGAGAAAGAUGUAUCUAAAUACAAAAUUGAUGAUGAGGAAGAAGAGGAGGAGGAAGAUGAUGAUGAUGAUGGUGACCUGUCAAAGUAUGAUUUAACUGGUUGGAGUGAUGAUGAGAAUGAAGAAUCUCUCAAAAAGGAUAAAAAAUCACCUUCCAGAUCUCAUUCUUCUGCAUCUUCGAGAUCUGAAUCAUCUCAGUCUAGGUCAAGAUCUUCUAGCAGUUCAUCACGAUCUUCAAAAUCUUCACAUUCUAGUUCCGAUUCUGAAAAGCCAAAGUCCAAAAAUAAAAGACAUUACUCCAGGUCCAGAUCUGGUCUCCUGAAAUUAAGAAACGAGUUAAAAAAGAAUCAUCCAGUAGUAGUAGGUCUCGCAGUCCAUCUUCAAGGUCAAGAUCUAGGGAGAGGUCAAGUUCAUAUUCUCCUGUUAGUCGCAAGAGAUGAGAGUAUUGUAAAUCUUUGCCAAAUAAUCCGCGUUUUAUGGAGUUCCAGUUAUCUGGAUGAAUGCAUUGACAAGUGCUCUUCAUUACUGAAAAUGCAUGUGCGUUCCCUUUAAUCAUUAUUCCUCUUUCCUUCCCUUUUAUUCCUUUUCUUUUCAGCAUUAUAAGUCAAAGCACAUAUUCAGAAAUUAUGAAAAAUAGAUAAAUAUUAGUUGUUAAGACUAAGUGUGAGUGAUGUCAGUACUCUCUCUUUUUAAUGCUUUAAACUCAUUUUCCAUUUUCUUGCAUGAUAGGAAGCUUUGAUUACAUAUGUAAUAGAAAAAAAAUAAAUUAUUGUUUUAAAGUAUA